GAAAUGAAACAUCCAAGAACAGUAAGGUGACAGACCAAAUGUUUGGGACGAAGAGUGAAGGGAGAGAGUGAGAGACAAAGAAAGAGAGAGAGAGAGAAGGAAAGAGAGAGGAGGGGGGCUGAGAAGCUGAAACCUAAGCUUUCUGGACUCUAUUUUCCAUUCCUUCAGGCAUUCUGUGGCUUGUAAAAAAAUGCACUGUAUAUUUGAAGUGUUGGAUCACGUGACAGGGAGGGUUUGUAAAUCAAAGUGCAUAAUGAUUUCAGUGGGGGAGAGAGAGGGAGCAAGAAGAGAGUGAGUGAGUGAGCGAUCAAGGGAAAGAGAGAGAGGGAUAGAGAGCAAGAGAGAGAGAGAGAGAGAGAAAGAGAGAGAGAGAGAGAGAGAGAGAAAAGGGAGAAAAGGGAGAGGAAGGCAGAAUGCAACAGGCUGUGCUUUAUCUUCGCUCUGAGAGGGACUUCUGACUGAUGAACUGAACUCUACUACACAUAUCUCAAUCCAUUAUCUUCCUUCAUUCGUCCAUCUGUACUCCAGACCCACUGCAGAGCUGAGAGCGUAGAUCUGAGGCAGUGUUGCCCAGGCUUGGUGUCUCAUCUGUGGGUCCCACCUCAGCUCACCAUCCUUCCUCAGCCCUGUACUCUCCAGGCCCGCAGGACCAACCCCAAUAAGACCACUGCCUGAGCGGGACAGUGGACCGGAGCUAUCCUGGACCGGAAUUAUUCUCCCAACGCCAUGGCAACCAAUAGGGAACGGCAGGUGGGUCACAUGACUGGCUUUUCACCUGCUGUCUACCCCUUUGCCUUCAACUCCAUGAGGAGCCACUCCCCCUUCGACCUGCUGGCCAAUAGCAGCCUGUUUGGACGAUUUGGGGCAGACCUACCGAAAGAGAUGGCUGCAUUGUCAGUAGAGACCCAGAGCACCAGCUCUGAGGAGAUGGUGCCCAGUUCACCCUCUCCACCCCCUCCUCCCCGCAUCUACAAGCCUUGCUUCGUGUGCCAGGACAAGUCCUCUGGAUACCACUAUGGGGUCAGCUCAUGUGAGGGCUGCAAGGGAUUCUUCCGGCGCAGUAUUCAGAAGAACAUGGUGUAUACCUGCCACCGAGACAAGAACUGUCAGAUCAACAAGGUGACCCGUAACCGCUGUCAGUACUGCCGGCUGCAGAAGUGCUUUGAGGUCGGCAUGUCCAAAGAAGCAGUGCGUAAUGACAGGAACAAGAAGAAGAAAGAUGUGAAGGAGGAGGUGGUGUUGCCGGAGAGCUAUGAGCUCAGUGGAGAACUGGAGGAGCUAGUCAACAAAGUCAGCAAGGCCCACAAAGACACCUUCCCCUCACUCGUCCAGCUGGGCAAAUACACUACAAACUCCAGUGCAGACCACCGUGUGCAGUUGGAUCUGGGGCUGUGGGAUAAGUUCAGUGAACUUUCCACCAAGUGCAUCAUCAAAAUAGUGGAGUUUGCCAAGCGCCUGCCAGGCUUCACCACCCUCACCAUCGCUGACCAGAUCACACUUCUCAAAUCAGCCUGUCUGGACAUACUGAUGCUGAGGAUCUGCACUCGCUACACUCCGGAGCAGGACACAAUGACCUUCUCAGACGGGCUGACCCUGAACCGGACCCAGAUGCACAACGCAGGCUUCGGCCCGCUCACAGAACUGGUGUUUGCCUUUGCUGGCCAGCUGCUGCCUCUGGAGAUGGAUGACACAGAGACUGGCCUCCUCAGCGCCAUCUGCCUCAUCUGUGGAGACCGUAUGGACUUGGAGGAGCCCCAGAAGGUAGACAAGCUGCAGGAGCCCCUCCUGGAGGCCCUAAAGAUCUACGCCCGCCGCAGACGCCCCAACAAGCCACAUUUGUUCCCCCGUAUGCUGAUGAAGGUCACUGAUCUCAGGGGCAUCAGCACCAAGGGUGCGGAGAGGGCCAUCACUCUGAAGAUGGAGAUCCCAGGCCCCAUGCCUCCUCUGAUCAGGGAGAUGCUGGAGAACCCUGAAGCCUUUGAGGACAGCAGCGACUCUGGGGACAGCGCCUCUGCCGCCGCCCCCCCUGCCAUACAGACCAUCAAGAAAGAGAGAGAGGAGGAGAAGAGCCUGGAGGAGGAAGAUGAGGAAGACGAAUGGGGGGAUGAGGAUAGGGAGAGAGGGGCGGACAGCGAUGGGGAGCCUUGGGGGGAGGCUGCAGUGGCAGCAGGGGGGUCCCAGAAAGGGGCGAAUGGGAGAGCCCAGUGAGAGACAUAGUGAUGCACUCUGACCCACACACAUCACCUCCUGCUCCACCACCCUCAGACAGACCAACACUCCCUGUCCUAGCACACCAAGUCAUCUCCCUACAUGAGCAGCCCAUCCUGUAACAAGGGUCUUUGCCAAGACAUAGCAUUCACCUCUGUUGUUACACUACCCCCCCCCCCCCCCAUACAUUUACAAAUAUACACACAUACACAUACAUACUGUAUACCCAUAAUAAUUCCCUCUUUGCUCUAGAUAGACAGAGAAGGAAAGGCUGUAUAUGUGUUGAACCUACUCUGACACUCCCUGGUGAAACGGGCCCUUUCUAUAGGAACAAGUGGAACACAUAGUCCGGGAAAUAAGAGAAGAGGGAGAAAAACAAGCACUAAAUGUCACUGAGUUGGGUCAAGGGUCGCGACAGAUCACUGUGCCAACCAUAACACUGACCAAUAUGUUACUUUACAACGCUGUCGCCAAACAAACAGAAACGCAAGGACAUGCUAAAUGGAGGGGCAGCAGCUUCGAGAGGUGGUCUAUAGGAAAUGCUAAAUGGAGGGGCAGCAGCUUCGAGAGGUGGUCUAUAGGAAAUGCUAAACGGAGGGGCAGCAGCUUCGAGAGGUGGUCUAUAGGAAAUGCUAAACGGAGGGGCAGCAGCUUCGAGAGGUGGUCUAUAGGAAAUGCUAAACGGAGGGGCAGCAGCUUCGAGAGGUGGUCUAUAGGAAAUGCUAAACGGAGGGGCAGCAGCUUCGAGAGGUGGUCUAUAGGAAAUGCAAAACGGAGGGGCAGCAGCUUCGAGAGGUGGUCUAUAGGAAAUGCACUCCCCCACUUUCCUUAACGGCUAGGAUAAGUGCAAGAGCAAUGACGAAACGACAUCUGCAACAACCAAACUCAAUGUGGAAACCAUUGCCACACAUGCCUUUGAAAAUCAUUUCCAGUGACAUUUGACCUUUUUUCUUCUAUUGUAUGACUUUCCAAAAGAAAACGUUUGCAUUCGUAUUUCAUCAUAUUGUAUAUUCAUGUGUAUUACUAUGCAUUUUUCUAGUUUAUUGUUGUUUUGUAUGUUUGGGCUUCAGUCGUGCUCAUGUUUGAUGAGCCAUCUCAAACUAGCGAUAGAUUCUCAAUCUGGCAACCCAUCUCGCAAACUGGCAAGUCUCUUCUGAUCUUUGCAUUGUCUGUGCUUGUGACUUCACUCAUUGGGACAGAGCUUACAUUAGAUCUCUGUAGGGUGAGACAAACAAAAACAACAAUGAUUUUUACAAGCUAUAGUUCAGAGCAACACGUACAGUUCAUAAACACACAAACACAUUAAACAUCCAUGUGUGCAGGGUCAAUUUGAUGCUUUUUUAAUGCCAAUGCUUUGACUCAAGGUGACUCUAGACUCUAGAGAAGGACCACAUCUCACCAGUGGGAAUGUUGAAGAAAAUCACCACAAGGAAGUGUGGGGUAGCACCGAUGGUCCGCUACACUCCCUGUUCUUUUCAUCUACAAGCCAUUCAAGCGGGAUCUGAAUGUGAAAGAGGACUCUCUUUUCGUUGUCAUUUCCUUUUGUUCUCAGUGGAAUGCCUGGUGGUCUACCGGGGGGGGGGGGGGGAUCUGAUAUCUGGGUGGGCAGAAUCCAGCACAUAGCUGAGUAUCUGUGAUAAUGAAAGUGGGUGUCUACUCCCAGCACCAAGCCAAGGCUCAGGUGGUGUGUUGAUAACAGUACAGUACAGUACAUUGAAAGUGAGCCAUAAUGAGCAGCGAUAUGAUGAAGAAUACAUGGAACUGGAUUACUGGAUCACUAAGCAACACUCACCGGACCAGUUCAGUCUAGGGUCCAUUCCAUUAAUCCAAUGGAAUAACUCAAGCAUGUAGGUCAUAAUUACACAUAUCACCGAUGUCCAUGAAAUUUCACCCUCCUAGAGCGGUGAAUAAGAAAUAUUGGAAUUAUAUGCAAACCCAUGAGAGGGAGAUAGCCUUGUAUGAGCUGCCUGAAUCAGGAAAUGACUGUGUGUGUGGUAUGUAGAUGUGUGUGUGUGAAUGAGGGUGAGGGUGAGGGUGAGCGUGAGAGUGUUUCUCACAUUACUUGUAUAAUGUACAUUUUGUGUUUUGUGCUUACUUUACCAUAGAGCAGAUGAGACAGUAUUUUGGAAACUGUCUACAUACAUAAACUGGGUUAUAGGAGUUUUGGUCCAUAGUUCUCUCCAAGAACAUGCACAGAACCAUAUGGUUCAUUUUCUUACUACAGUCAUAUAGAGAAUUCUUCAUUUGUAAAGUGAAUCUAUGCCAGGGCUCUCCAGCCCUGUUUCUGUUACCCUCCUGUAGGUUUUCACUCCAACCCCAGUUGUAACAAUCCUGAUUCAGCUCAUCAACCAGCUAAUUAUUAGAAUCAGGUUUGCUAGAUUAGGGUUGGAGCGAAAAACCUACAGGACGGUAGCUCUCCAGGAAGAGUGUUGGAGAGCCCUGAUCUAUGCAAAGCUGGGAUUCUGGCAUUCUUUUGAUGCCAUUUCAUUUUUGAUAUACUGUACUUUACAUGUGUAAUAAGAAAUGUUUCUGAUGAAUUUGAGAUUUAGAUAAGUUAGUCCAUUUAGAAUGACUACAUUUCAUUCUCUGAAAGUCCACAAUUGAGAUAUUUCACCCAGUUAUCAUGUAUCAUGUAUCUAUACAUGUAUCUUCCUGUCCCAAGCAUUACUGUACAAGAUAUUACUUUGAUAAUGGAGCAGCAUAUUAAUGCUCAUAAUAACUCAAACCCCACAUCUACAGUAUAUUCAGAUUGCAUACCGUUGGCACCUUGCCGUUGGCCUCUUACUAUGACAAACAGACACAGCAGUGUGUGGAUUUAUUCAAACCUGUGGUUGUAAAGCAUUAACAUGGACCUCAGGCUGAGUAAGACUUCCAGUCUAUGGAAUGGAUUUGGAGUUAAUCCCCAGUGUGCAUUGAGGCCAUUAGUUAUUCUGAAAGAGUGAUUUACACCUUCACGUCAGCAGCCACUGCACAAGCCUACGUCUUAGUCAGUACUCAGCCCUCAUGGAGUAGAGGGAGAACUUUCCUAUACAGUCAGUCACACCCUGAUGCAUAAACCUCAACCCUUACUGGAGCGCAGUUCACACACUGUAGCUACUGUAGUGGGAUAUCUGACAGAGCUCGUUCAAAACAAAAGCCAUAUUAACUGUGUUCUGUGUGUGUGUGUGUGGUCUCAUAAUGCUGCAGAGGACUCUCAGCCUCUGUCUCACAAUAUUAGUCACAUUAGCAAUAUAUUUGAUACCAUCGUCAUACCUCUAAAUGAGAUUUUCAAUCAGGUUCAUUGGACUCCCGGGGAGCUUCUUGGAAUAGCAGUAAUGAAUAAAGGACAUUUAUUUAAGUGUUUGUUCAUUGUUUCCUUUUUAUAUACAGUAGUCAAUGUUUUGUUUGAAGCUAAGCAGAUGUAGCAAAAAGCCAUGGUUCUUGUGCAUUUAGCGAGCACUUAGCAAGCAACCAAUGUAGAAAGAAAUCUAGAUGUGGGAACCUGUAUUUUCUUAGGCCUAUUUGAAGAAAAUAGGGCAUAUAUUUUGGUGCAAAAGCUUUUCAUAGACAGCUGACAUUUAGUAGUGAUUGUUUGAUGGUAACUGAAAAUAGAUUGGCCAAAGAAAAAACAAUUACACCAGUGUUAUAAUUCAUGAAGAAUCUCAAUUAGGUCAUUCAUUUGAAAUAAUGUGUGCUAUUUUUUUAGUUUGAAUAUUUGUGGCUCUUCACAGCUUUUAUUAUUGAUAAUAAGCGCUUCCUUUUCAAUGCUUUAGGAUUGUUGGGUAUUUUAUGAGAAAGAAAAGCUUUUCAGAAUGUACUAUACUUAUUUUCAUUUGCAUUUUGUUCUUAUUUGUUGGUGUUACUUUUUAAAACCAUAACUUUACAUUUGAAUUGAAAUUGUAAAAAACUAAGGAUACAACAUUUUAAUUAAAUUCAGGGAUUUCAAAAUCAGCCUAAGAUUUGUAUUUCUGUUUGUGUCCAAACAUGAAAUCCCCAUUUUUGUUUGUAUGCUCUUUUGAGAUAAAAUGUACUGGUAGUUUGUUUUUCUAUUGUUUUUCUACCUGCUGUCCCUUUCUCAAAACAACGCUUUGUGUAGCCUGUCGUUGUUGUUACUAUUUUGUUUUAUUGUCAUUGAGGCAGUUGUCUCUUCUGUACGUCUGGAUGUUGUUGUAUUUUCAAAUAAUUUGAUUUUAUAAAGAAACCUCUCUUUUAUAUGUGUGUGUUCAUUUGUAUUACAAGGUAAUUUGCUUCAAUACAGAUGGCAUACCUGGUAAAAACACAUGGACACAAGGGGGCGAUGUAGUCAUGCCAUAGCAAGGUGAAUCUACUGCUACUCUAUUGGGAGUGAAUGGGGCAACAUUGGCAUGUUACACAUUUGUGUGUAACACACCACCCUUUUAUUACUAGGCUACUGAGUCGAGCCAAUCUGAGUGGAGCUGUACUGCGCUGGCCUGGUUGCACAUCCACAACAGUUGCUGGAACCUUGCUGAAAGAAAAUAUCUGAACCAGCACUGUACUGUAGGCUACAGGUCAGCAAGAUACUGCAGUGUGAAAAGGCUGUUAGGGUAUUAUCAAACCAAGUAAUUUAGUUGAAUUAGCCAUGCCCAAUUGGUAAUGCAAUUUUGAUUUAUUUUUGCAGAAUUUAUCAGUGUGUCGCACCCUGACCUUAGUUAUCUUUGUUUUCUUUAUUAUUUGGUUAGGUCAGGGUGUGAUAUGGGUGGUUUGUUUAGUUUUGUAUUGUCUACGGGUUUUUGUAUGCUUAUGGGGUUUUCUAGUCUAGGUGUUUAUGUCUAUGGUUGCCUAGAUUGGUUCUCAAUCAGGCAGCUGUUUAUCGUUGUCUCUGUUUGGGGACCAUAUUUAGGUAGCCAUAUUCCUGAGAUAGUUAUUAUUCUAUGUUUAGUUGCCUGUUUGCACUAGUCAUAUAGCUUCACGGUUCGUUUUGUUGUUUAGUUCAGUGUUCGUUCUUUUCAUUAAAAGAGUUAUGUACACUUA